ACGUGUCAAGACACUUCCUCACACCAUUGAAACAUACGAAUCACAACCAAGUAACAAGCUGGGAUGGUCAAUCACGGAAAUAGGAGGCGGGCGGGUAGAGAGUCGUUGUUCAAGAGUUUGUUGAAUUCUGUGAAACUGGGAUCCGAAUCGCAUAUCGAGGAGCUCAUAGCUAUAGUCGACAAGUGGCCAUCGGAUCUGCACCGAAGGCUAGAUGGCGUGGAGGCUCUGCUUUCCUCCCUCUCCCCCAUCGACUCGGAGGGAAGCAGUAUCGACGGUGGUGAAGUUGGACAAGCCCGCUUUCAAGGACGAGCGGCGACUAUCUUAUCGCUCGCUGAUGCCGCGUUCAAUACUGUGCUGCUCAGCCAGCCUGAGGACAAAGGAGCCACCCUUCGAGCUGCGAAGAUACUGGUGGACCACGCCGCGACUAUCGUAUCCUGGACAAAGCACGUCGCGCUGCGGAGGCGGAGUGCAGGUCCAGAUGAACCCACACGCGAAUCGAGGGGUGCAGUCUUCUUGGCGCUUGCGCUCUACUCGUGGAUACAGAUAACGCAGGUCUCGCAACGUCUCCGCGCGGCAUUCGUGUCUUCGCCGCAGACCAUCGAUCUGGUUAUCGCGUUGCUCACCUGGGACGAGUUCUUCAAAGCGGAUGGCGUCCAUAUCAGCGUCCAGCUACGCCACCUACAAGCGCUCUCGGGGAUUUUGCAUACGUGUCUUAUCCACGAGGGCGCACGGCAGGUAGUGCUGGAUGAGAUCCGCGCCUCGCCCCACCUCUACGACUCGUUCAUCUCCAACCUCACAAUCUGCCUCUCCUUCCUCAACCGCUACACCAAACGCGGCAUGCACGCGGAGUACCCAGCGGAAAUGGCGAACCUGCGGCGCUACCUCUCCACAAGCCUGUCGUACUUCUCGAGCGACCAGCGGUUCAGCAAAACGCUUUUACGGCAACGGUACAUCCAGAACUUGUUCAAGGUGGUGCAGAGUCUGCAUGAAGCCUCGAGCGGUGGUGGUGAUGGUGGGUACGUCGACGUCGACUGCGAGCUGGUGGGGGCCUUCACCCACACAGCCCUCGAACAAGCGCAGCGGCAUCGAUCCAAAGGACCUCGAAUCGUCUCGGACCUCCUCGAGCAAGGUCUCUUUGAACUCCUCAUCCGCGCAAUCGACGCCAGCAAAACGCCCGGCGACACGCACGCCCUCCGGAGAGCGAUAUUCACAUUCGUUUCGUUCCUCGGCUACCCCCGGAUUCGAGCAUUGUUCGCGGGCCAUUUUAUUGCGAUUGAGGAGAGUGUGCAUAGGAGGUUGUCGGAUCCGGGGUCUGGUACAGGCUACGGGCUGUAUGAGAUCUUUCAGGUUUUCGCGAGGUCGUAUACGAUUGGGGCUAGGGAUAGGCUGGGGUGUGAUCCUGUGGCGUGUUUUAAUGUCGAGCCCUCGUGGCUUCGUGGCGAUAGCAUCGGAAUCGUCCGAAUAGAAGGUCGAAUGAUAGCCUCAAGACCUGUUCUAGAUGCCAUUCCGUGCUUUACUGCAGCCCUGAGUGUCAAGAGGAGGACUGGAGUCGGGUACACCGCUUCGAAUGCUCAGCCCAACGCAUCCAACAUUCUCGCAAGUCCCAGUUCCUACUUGGCGUCCAUUCAUUCAGUCACUCACCCAGGAUACCUAGGUCUAAAAGCAGAAGAAAUCUGGAUCCCACAUCGCAUCCAAGCACACAUCUACGCUGUCGCUCAACGGGUCGUCCAAGAGCACACAGACACAUUUGCUGAAGCUCUCAAACGUCCGGGUUCCGGAGAACAACGACGGAUACACGUCAGACGGAUAUGGACGGGCGACGGCGAGCAGGUGCUCAGUAUCGACGAGUACCGGAGACAGGCUGAGAACCUUCAUCUGUGGUCCGAAGCGAGGUUUGAUGCUUUGGUAGACGAAGUUCUACCUCGGACUGGUUCACUGGAUGGUCUACAGGUUCCAACUGGGUCACGACUUCAGCCUGGUUCAGGGGAUGGUUUACGAACUGGACAUUCGGUGGAGAAUCAACUUCAGAUUGGCCGCCCGCGCAACGAGAUGGGAUUUGUGGGGUUCAAGUUUGCGUUUGGAGCUAUCCAUUUGCAUUUGCUUUGUCUUAUCCAUAGGGAUGGACGAGGUGCACUACUGUUGUCGUUUGGGAUGGUUAUGAUUGAGUGA